GUGGCAUUAAAAGAUCAACAUCUAUGUCCUACGUGGAUGGAUAUGUAGGAACGUGGCCCAAAGAAAAAAGGUCUUCAGUCCAUGGGGUUUCAUUUGACAUUUCUUUUGAUAAAGAAGACAGCCUCCGUUUGGCACCUCCAAACAGAGGAAUUACGAGAUCAAUUAGUAAUGAAGGCCUUGUACAGAAUGCCAACCGUUUGCCCAGGCACGUCAAAAGGAAUAUAUCUUUCAAGCCUCUGGAUGAUGAAGAGGAUAGUGAAGAUUCCGAAAUAGAAAAGGAUGAAGAACUCUGCAGUGAUCUAGAAGCAGUCAGCAAUCAAAGAAAUGCCAACCAGGUUAACACGUAUACCCUACGAAAUGGAGGAUUGCAAAACAGGUUGGUUACUACUGAUGAAUUCGGCAAUCAAAUAGAGACACCGAGCAUUGAACAGGCGUUGCAGAUUAUCCAUGACAGUGUGGAAUCCGCCAACGUUACUCCACCGGCACAAUUCACAAAUGGGUUUUUCCUUCACAAUAAAGAGAUGAGCAUCCUAAACUCAAACAUAACCCCGAAUCAGAGUGGCCCUGAUAUUAUCGCAGAUACAAAAGAUGUCCUCAGUCCUGUGACUGAUAACACAGAAGUAGACACUGGGAUACAUGUCCCUUCAGACAUUCCAGAGACCCUGGAUGAAGAUUCUACUUUAAGGGAUUAUACAGUCAGCCUGGAUUCUGAUCUGGAAGAAUCCUCCCGUUUUCUGCAGGAAUCUGACAGCAGAGGCAUCAACCACAAGGAGCAAUUGAGUCCUUGUCCAAGCUCGAUAAGUACCAAAUCUCAAGCCGGCAGCAGUCCGUCUUCAAGUUCAGGAGUUAGGAUGACCAGCUUUGCAGAGCAGAAAUUUAAAAAGAUGAAUCCUACCGACAGCAGAAGCAGUGGAAGCAGUUCUCAGAAAACCACCCCCGAAGGUUCCGAGAUGAACAUCCCGCACGUCGUUUCUUGGGCUCAAAUCCCAGAGGAACCCCCUCUCCCUCAGGGAAGGGACACCACGCAGUUGCUGGCUUCCGAGAUGGUGCAACUGAAGAUGAAGCUGGAAGAGAAGAGGCGAGCAAUCGAAGCCCAGAAGAAGAAGGUUGAGGCAGCCUUCACCAAGCAGAGGCAAAAAAUGGGGAGGACAGCAUUCCUUAAUGUUGUGAAAAAGAAAAGUGACGGGAUUUCGCCCCUUCGGGAGGAAGCAGCUGGAGCAGAGGGUGAGAAAGUUUUCACUGACAACAGUGAAGCGAAAGAAAGAAAAAACCAAAAGCCGGGUGAAGAACUGAAGAAGACUUCUGAGGUCCUGAAAGUAAGCACUGAAACUCCCUCGGUGACGUGGCUAAAGCCACCAAACACCCCAGCUGAUGCCGAGAAGCAAUCUAAUUUGGUAAGCCCUUCGGAAGAGAAUUUAAACGAAGGCGACCUUUUAGAAUAUACAAAAUCCAUCGAGAAGCUCAACUCUUCUCUACAUUUCCUGCAACAGGAAAUGCAACGCCUGUCACUUCAGCAGGAGAUGCUACUGCAGAUGAGGGAACAGCAAGCUUGGGUUAUUUCACCUCCUCAACCUUCUCCUCAAAAACAAGUUCGGGAAUUGAAACCUCCAGCGAAGCUCAGCGGAUCGUCAUCUCCCGUUGUCCCGUUUUCCGUAGAAACACCUCGGCCUUCCCACCAAUCCCCACAGCUGUCUUCUAGGAAGAAUUCGUCUCUCCCGUGUAAAAUUCAAAGGAUCCCAAGGCCAAAUGAACUGAAAAUCACGCCUCUGAACCGCACGUUGACUGCCCCGCGCUCUGUGGACAGCCUUCCACGGUUGAGAAGGUUUUCUCCAAGCCAGGUUCAGACAAGAUCCUUUGUCUGUUUUGGGGACGAUGGUGAACGGAAGCCGACUGAGGUAAAAAACGCAACCGAAGAGGCUUCCGACAAGGAAGAGGCAGGUUUAAAGGAUGCCGAGAAGCAAGGGACCGGAGAGAAAGUUGAGCAGAAGACAGAAGAAGAACAGAUGAGACCUCUGGAAUCCAUGGUAUCUGAAGUAUUGUCACAGCCCGUUACAGAAAUUGUCUGCCUUACUCCGAACGAAGAGCCUCUGAAUCCGCCGGUGUUGCCCCCGCCUAAAACUGUGAGUCUCAUAGAAGUUUCUCUCACAGAUCUGAAGCCACCAGAAAAGUUAGAAGACUCGAUUGAAAAAUCAGACGGGGAGAGUGACAAAGAACAAGCAGAGGAUGACCAGAAAGUCUGCUGCGGAUUCUUCUUCAAGGAUGAUCAAAAACCAGAAAAUGACAUGGCCGUGAAACGGGCAGCGUUAUUGGAGAAGCGGUUGAGAAGAGAACGAGAAACGUUACUUCGAAAGCAGCAAUUGGAAGCAGAGAUGGAGCAUAAGAAAGAAGAAACAAAGAGGAAGUCUGAGGAAGAACGUCAGAAGAAGGAAGACGAAAGGGCACGGCGAGACUUUAUCAGACAGGAAUAUAUGCGGCGAAAGCAACUGAAGCUAAUGGAAGACAUGGACAUUGUCUUGAAACAUCGGUCUCAUUUUUCCAAACAGAAGAAGGCCCGUCCAAAAUCCAUUCAUAGGGAUCACAUUGAGUCACCUAAAACGCCAAUCAAAGGUCCUCCAGGAAAUGGAGAAAUCAGAUGCCAACAACUUCCUCAUUCUCUUCCGGGACUCCGGCUGCCAGUUCCGAUCUUUAUAUACAUACUGCCCCGAAACCGAAGAGAUCAGUAAACUGACUGGGAUUGGCCCCAGAUCAAUCACCAAGAGAAUGAUCGAGGCGCUGUAUAAGUAUAACUCUGACCGGAAGCAGUUCAGCCACAUACCGGCAAAAACGCUCUCCGCGAGCGUUGAUGCGAUUACUAUCCAUAGCCAUUUAUGGCAGAGCAAAAGACCGGUAACUCCCAAAAAGCUCUCCUCUUCAAAGACAUAGCUACCCUGUGGGAAGUUAUUUGGGACAAACUUGCACUUCAUAUUUGCUAUUAUUACUAUUACCGAUUUGGUAACCAGGCUCCUUUGAAGAACAAGCUCUCUGUUGUCGUUGCCAACUGGAAUGUAAACACAGUGUUGAAGUCUUGCAGAAAACUGACACUUGCAUCAUGAACAAUGGAUUCACACCUGGGGAUUUUAGUUGUUUGCUCAUCAUAUCUGGUGUUCCUUUCCUCAGUUCUGCAGUUCUCUGAAUGUUUGCACACUUAUGAGACUGACGUUUUACAUUUACUGCCUUAUACUGUUAAUGCUUGUUUUGGAAUUUGCUUCUGUUUUUUAUAACUUCACUGGACUAUUGUGUCUUACAUGCCACAUCAUUAUUAUUAUUAUUAUGGUUGGUCACACACCAUCAGCCAGAUAGACUGGAUUUGGCAUUUUUAUCCACCUAUCAAGUCCUUCCCAAGCAGCUGGGAAUAGGCAGAUAUUUUUUAUUUUAUUAAUAUCAUGCAGAUAACAAAAGGCACAAGCCUGACUCACAAUAAAAUUAAGCUUAGCUAAACUCCUUUUUAACUCUGAUUAUUGUUGUUAUUAUUUAAGCACAUCUUGUAAGACAUAGGCAGGAUUGCUGCUAGCAUGUCUUAAGCUCUAAUAGGGAAAUGUGGUGUCUACUAAUGUUGUGAAGACAUCGUCCUUAUAUUUAACAAUUCAUCACUGAUCCAGGGUAGCAUGAAAUGAAAACGUAUGCACUGGUAGACUUUUUUUCCCUAUCCUUGUUUUCUUCUUAAACAGGCAUCUAUUCUUGCCCAAGCUUCUGCUUAAAUUGCAUCCUGUAAUUUUGCACAGAUUCUCCCAGCUGUAAGGAAACAAAACUCCACAUAAAUAAAAACAAUACUAAUUGUAUACAGGCCAACAUAGAUACAUAAAUUGGAUCCAUAAGUCGGGAACGAUUGCUGACAUUUAAAAUCCAGGAUUAAAUGUGUUAUUUAUUUAUUAUUCAUUAGACUUAUAUACCGCUUCAUAGGGCUUUCAGCCCUCUCUAAGCGGUU